AUGGCAGAAACAUGUGAUAAAAUGAUCAAAGGGCUACGCAAAUUGAAGCCUUACCUUGCCAUGGUGUCCCUUCAAUUUGGUUAUGCAGGAAUGUAUAUCAUCACUAUGGUUUCAUUCAAACAUGGCAUGAGUCAUUGGGUUCUCUCCGUUUACCGCCAUGUUGUCGCUACCAUCUUCAUGGCUCCUUUCGCCCUCGUCCUCGAAAGAAAAAUUAGGCCAAAGAUGACACUCCCAAUUUUCUUGAGGUUGGCUGUUCUUGGUUUUCUUGAACCAGUGCUGGAUCAAAAUUUGUACAACCUGGGAAUGAAGAAUACUUCAACAACGUUUGCAUCUGCCACUGUCAACAUUCUCCCAGCUAUUACUUUUAUAAUGGCAAUCAUUUUCAGGUUGGAAACAGUGAACUUUAGAAAAAUCCACAGCGUAGCAAAAGUUGUUGGAACAGUUGUAACUGUAUCAGGAGCAAUGGUGAUGACUUUGUACAAAGGUCCUGCCCUUCAAAUCAUAAAGGGUCAUGGAGGAAGUCAACAUGAAAGUGGAAGCACUGAACCCUCUGAACAAAACUGGGUGCUUGGCACUGUUAUGCUCAUUUCGAGUUGUUGCGGUUGGGCUAGUUUCUUUAUCUUGCAAUCUUUUACUUUGAAGAUGUAUCCGGCGGAGCUUUCUAUGACGGCGUGGAUUUGCUUUUUGGGAAUUUUUGAAGGUGGAAUUGCAACAUUAAUAUUUGAACGUGACAUGAGUGUAUGGUCAUUAGGGUUUGAUUCUAGGCUUCUUGCUUGUGUUUACUCUGGUAUUGUGUGUUCUGGAAUGGCUUAUUAUAUACAAGGUGUUGUGACUAGGGAACGUGGACCAGUGUUUGUUACUUCUUUCAGUCCUUUAUGUAUGAUCAUCACAGCUGCUUUGGGUUCUAUUGUCUUAGCUGAACAAACUCAUUUGGGAAGCAUAAUUGGAGCCAUUAUCAUUGUGUGUGGACUCUACACUGUGGUGUGGGGAAAAAGCAAAGAUAGUGUGAAUACAAUUGAAGCAACACAAAGUGAGGGACAAGAGUUGCCAAUAAAGGAUGGAACAAGAACAGAGUCAGACAUUUUUGAAAAUAUUGAGGUCAAUGUUCCUAAGGUUGGAGGAAUGAAUAAUGGCAAACCAUAA